AUUUUUUUUUUUUUUUGGUUAAAGUUAGAGAUAGCAAAUUUACUCGAAUUCAGCAAAGUUAUACGCAACAAAGUUUUCUUCUUGAUAGAUCCAUCUGCGCCAUCCCAAUGUAUCAAGUAUUGGACAAAAGCUUCCCGAGUUUUUCCCAUGUCAAACAUGGGGUAAUCAGCAAUCACAAAUUCACAAAAAUCAUCCUCGUCGGAAUCGGGUCGUACAGAUUGCUCAAUUUCUGAAUCCAUUAAAGACCUAACUGAAUCUUUCCAUAUAUACAGAGUAUAUCCUGAUAUAGAAUCAAUCAUCAAUCUCCUUAUCAAAUUGUACAUCAUCCGAGUACAGAGAAUACAAAGGUUUAUCGGCGGAAGCAUUUCCAUAGGAGCUGUUUACAGGUGUUUAAGUGUUCUGGUUUGAAGGCUAUUUUAGUCCAAAUAUACAUUUAUCUUACAAAUUCGGGGACAAAAUUUCCCGAGAAAGAAGGCAAGUCGUCAAAAGCCCAACCCAAAAAUUUCCAGAUCUUCACCGUCGCCACUCUCCUCCCCUCUCCGCCGAUUCCCUUCUCAUUUCUUAGUCGCCGAUCAUCAACCUCCAUGAACCGCCACCAUCGCCAUAGCUUCUAACUUCAUCAAUGGCGUUGAGAUCAACUGGACGCAAGGUCUCAUUUGACGUUCUCUCAACUUCCAUCCUAGACGACGAUCAGGAUUACGAUUCCUCCACCGCGACUCUCCCUCGAUCCAAUUCCGAUCCUCCUCCGCAGCUUCUGCCUAAUGAUGACGCCACAAGCCCAACCGGAAACCGCAAGAGGAAGAAGAAAAAGAAGAAGCACAAGAGAAUCGCCGAGCAUUCCACAAUUUCCGAAUAUUCCGUCACGGACGAGCAGCUAGGCCGCUCAUCCUCCGUCGGGGAAUUUAGCGGUUACUGUUACAGUGUUGCUCAGAGCAGCAGUGUUGUGGUAUGUGAGGAACCUGUUACACUGCCGAAGCCUGAGAGUAAUUGUUCAGUGAGUUCAGUUUCUGGGCUUCCGUUUGGGGAGUUGAGGCAAAGAAAUGUUAUGGUCAAUGGAGUGACCGAAGAGAGCGUCGGAUCACCACAGAUUAGUGAGAGACAAAAUGAGAGUGUUGUUAAGGAAUUGGAAUCGAGGUCAAAUUCGAGAGUCGAAGUGAAUGUGAAUAUGAAUGGGGUUGCAGGGAGGAGUUUGGAGAAGGAAGCGUCUUUAGAUUGGAAGAAGUUGAUGGCUGAAGAUCCCAAUCAAACAUUUCCGGUGGAUAAGUCACCAAUGAAGUGCUUCAUGGAAGAGAUGUAUGCGGGUAAUUCCUUAAGGAGUACAGUUGCCCGCGGGGAUGAUAAAGAGCGGCAAAGAGUUUAUGAUACCAUAUUUCGCUUACCAUGGCGAUGUGAGCUGCUUAUUAAUGUUGGCUUUUUUGUCUGCUUUGAUUCAUUCCUGUCACUGCUAACUGUCAUGCCAACGAGAAUAAUCAUGAUCUGCUGGAGGUUUCUGAAAACAAGGCAGUUCAAGAAACUUUCCGCAGUUGAGCUUUCUGAUAUUGGCUGUUGUGUUGCCCUGGCCAGUGGGGCGAUUUUGCUGCAACAAACAGAUAUCAGCCUAAUCUAUCACAUGAUUCGUGGUCAAGGGACAAUCAAGCUUUAUGUAGUUUACAAUGUGUUGGAGGUUUUUGAUAGACUAUUCCAAAGCUUUAGUGGAGAUGUGAUGCAGACUCUCUUUAAUACAGCAGAAGGGCUUGCAAAUAGCUCAACGGAAAAUAUGCAAUUGUGGAUGAGAAGAUUUAUUAUGGAUGAAGUUGUAGCUGUGGCUUCAUCAAUUCUUCAUUCUUUCAUCUUGCUAGCUCAAGCUAUCACUUUGUCAACCUGUAUAGUUGCCCACAACAAUGCAUUAUUUGCUUUGCUUGUAUCAAACAAUUUUGCGGAAAUAAAGAGCAAUGUAUUCAAACGGUACAGCAAGGAUAACGUUCACAAUCUAGUGUAUUAUGAUUCAGUGGAGCGGUUCCAUAUUUCGGCAUUUCUCUUAUUUGUGUUGGCUCAAAACCUUCUGGAGGCAGAUGGACCUUGGUUUGAAAGUUUUCUUUGUAAUGCAUUUGUCGUCUACGUAAGUGAGAUGACAAUUGAUAUAAUCAAGCAUUCAUUCAUCGCAAAAUUUAACAAUAUCAAGCCGAUUGCCUUUUCAGAGUUUCUUGAAGAUCUCUGUAAGCAGACACUGAAUAUUCAGACGGACAAUAUGAAGAAUAACCUCACUUUCGUCCCUUUGGCACCUGCUUGUGUGGUAAUCCGGGUGCUGCGUCCUGUGUUUGCUGCUCAUCUUCCCNCGUGCAGCGGGAUGCAUUCCUGUGGAAGUAUUUAUGCCAAAUGA